CGCUGCAUAUGCAUCAUGUCUUAUAAUUGCAAAGUGCAAAAUACUCUUGUGGUAUGUACAAAAGAUCCUGCACGUAAGGAAAUAUGACGUGAUCGAGUGCGUACGAGCUUGCGCUAAAGGAGUAUUGCAGCAGGAGAACUUUUUCCACAAGCGUAAAUACUUAUUCGUCGGUUAGCAGUAACGUUAGGGACAGUUACUGUCAUAUAACCUCACUUUUGAAGUUUGGAUCCGCAGUAUCAAUCAGUAUGAGUGAUACCAUCGCAGAUGAUAGUCCAGGCUCUAAAGCCUUGGAAGCUGCCAAGAAUAUCAAGGAUUUGGCUAUAUUCAAAAAGCCUAUCGGAUCUGUGAAAAAGAGAAAGUCCACUAAACCAAAGAUUCUGGAUGAAGAUAUGUAUAUUGAGAAGAUGGGUGAAAUCAUACAGAGGGAUUUUUUUCCACACUUGGAAAGGUUGCAGGCACAAAAUCAGUAUCUAGACGCUCUGGAACAGAAUGAUGUAAAGAGAAUGAGAGAGCUGUAUGCAAAGUACAGUUCUGGCCGACCAGUCACAGAAAGACCAGUUAGUCCGGCAACUUUUGAGACUCCUCAGCGUAGAGUCGAAUUGGAUGAAUUGCCACAUACUCCGGAAGUUACGCCUCAAGAAAUACCCACGGAAUCUAAGAAGAAGGAUGAUAAAGCGGAAAAUAAGACUGGUCUUGAUGAUUACCUGAGCACUCAUACAAGUGAAGAUAAUGCUAGUUUUGAGGAGAUGAUGGUUGAAGCGGAAAACAAGCGUAGACUGAAGCAUGCUUGGCUUUAUGAGGCAGAAGAAAAAUCAAAAGCGUGGCUUGCUAUUGCCAACACAACUGACCCCUUGGCGAUUGAAGGAUCGAGUUCCAGACCCAAACAAGUGGACAGUUGGGCUUACAGGAAUAAGAAUUAUAUUAUGUACAUUCCAGACGGAGUGGAACCUACGGCCGAGGAGAAGAUAGAGUUAGCUAAGAAGAAACAGCAAGUGAUGCACGAAAACACAAGGCUAAGGACAAACCCCUUCAAUGAGCAACAAAAUAAAGAAACUAUCAACGAGUUGGCAAAGACGCAGUCCAAAGCUAACGACGGCAAGAUUGGUGUUGACGGUAAAGAAGUCGUUAGGAAUGCAACGCCGCAAGUGAACGGUUACAGCUUUGUAGCGACACCGAGCCCAAUGCCGGGAGAAUGCGAAAGUCCCUUGAUGACGUGGGGUCAAAUCGAAGGGACACCCUUUCGAUUGGACGGCGGUGACACUCCAUUACUUCGGACGAGCCAGGGCCCUUCCUUUAGAAUGGCGGAACCACCGAAAAGGGAGAAAUUGGCGUUGCAAUUAGCCGAGAAAGCCGGUGAGAGACACAGGGAUCGAAAGAACAAGGCCUUAGAGGCAGCCAGAAAGUCAUUAUCCACACCGUCACCGAGGUCGACUAUAGAUCGUUUAAGCACAAUGUCUCCUGCAGCGAGAAGAUUAGCAACUCAGAAAUUGCGAAUCACAGGCACACCGUCACCGUCGUCACGACGAACACCAUCAUCGAGAACUCCGUCCAUUGGCAUCAGGACACCAGAUACACCGCGUACAAGUACAUCAGCUAAGCGAGCAACUGUUCAGAAAUUAGAUAUCGGUGUCGCACGGAUACAAGGACCCGUACUCACCGAUAACUUGCUCAAUCUACCUCCGCAGCGGCAACGAGCGUCGGACUUCUUCAACAAAUAAAAGUUUUUCCAACAAGUGGAAAAACUCUCAUAUAUUGUGGAAGAUCUCGUUUAACUUUAAUAAUAUUGUAUAAAUAUAUCAUAAUCUCUCUGUUUAUAUUAAUAUUAACGAGAAAACUCUAUAUGAUGCACAGUACGA